AUGUCGCUAAUUAAAGGACAAACGGCUGCUGCUGCUCUUAUGCUUGUAUUGUCUAUUAUUUAUAUUAUUAUUUACAUUGUGACGAGUGUUCAAGUAUCCCGAACAAAAAAUCCAAUGAUAAAUACCAUUGCACCAGAUCAGCAGCCGGUGAAUGACCCAACUAAAUCGCCAUACACACAACCAUCCAUUUAUAAUAUUCCAGCACAAUUCUUACCUCUAACCAAUUACCCUCCACCCGUACGUCAAGCGCCUGGAUCGCCCAAGUACCAUCGACCUGCUGGUGCAGAACAAAUAAUACCAACAACAUCAGCCAACCCUACAACAUCAACCAACCCUGUUCAAGAAGUUUCUUGCCCAUUGUGUAAAUCAAAAGUACCAAUACCCUUCUCUCCAAACUAUCAGAAUGUAUUGACUGUUUAG